AUGCAAAUGAAUGGUAUGUUGGAGAUUUGUAGUGUUGGAAGAAACAGUGAACCACACUCUCCACGGGCAACGUACAGGGGUCAUCUCAUCUAUUUGUUACGACGUCGAAGAGGCUCGCCACUCUUGGUACUGCCACGGAUUCUGGCACAAACGAAGACGCGGUUGAGAUUCGUGACGACGUUGACAUUCUGGAUGAUGGGCGGGAUGAGAGAGCUGGUACAUUCGAUGACAUUGGCACUCGUGGAGAAGUUCGACGAGCCGCCGCUGAGAAGGUUUUUAGUUUCAAGUGAAGUUCUUCAAUUGUCUUGGUCUGCUCGGCAAUUUGAUGACGAUACUCCGCGAUAA